AUGCCCUUCUUCUUGCUACAUUUCGUGGCACAAAUCUCUCUUUCCUGUGGCAUUCAGCGCGUACUUUCACUACUCUCAGGUGGCAUGCGCAUGAGAUGCAAUACGUGUCGAUGUUGA